AAUAAAAUAAUUAGAAAAAAAAAAAAAAAACUGGUAAAGAAAGGUCGUCGGCAAGAACGCGUUAUUAGAAGAGAUCAAGAAAAGAACGCGGGAGAGAUGUGUAUAAAGUCACCGGCAGGUCACGUUUUCUUUAGUCAAGACUUCACACCAUGACUGGCAGGGACAUUCUGCACAAGAUGAAGGUUAAGGCUGGAUUUGGUUCAUCUGCAUCUGAGACAGGAAAAGGCAAAAGCAAAUUGGUAAAGCACAUUACACAUGGUUAUCACUUGGUGAAGGGAAAAUCACAUCACGAUAUGGAAGACUAUGUAGUUUCCAAUUUCAAGCAAGUUAACAACAAUGAGUUAGGUUUAUUUGCAAUAUUUGAUGGGCACUUGGGCCAUGAUGUUGCAAGUUACUUACAAAAUCAUUUGUUUGAUAAUAUUUUGAAAGAGCCAGACUUCUGGACUGAUACAGAGAGUGCAAUAAGGAGAGCUUAUCAUACAACAGAUGAUGAAAUAUUGGAAAAGGCAUUUGUCUUGGGAAAAGGAGGAUCAACUGCAGUUACAGCAAUCCUGAUCAAUGGCCAGAAGCUGGUAGUAGCAAAUGUGGGAGAUUCUCGAGCUGUUAUAUGCAAGAAUGGUGUGGCCAAACAAUUAUCAGUUGAUCAUGAGCCAAGCAAGGAAAAGAACAUGAUUGAGAGUCGUGGUGGUUUUGUAUCAAACCUCCCCGGGGAUGUUCCACGUGUUGAUGGACAGCUAGCUGUAGCAAGGGCAUUUGGUGACAAGAGCUUGAAAAUACACCUUAGUUCAGAACCUGAUAUAACAGAAGAGAGAAUUGGUGAUGAUGCAGAAUUUGUUAUUCUGGCAAGUGAUGGAGUAUGGAAGGUGAUGUCAAACCAAGAUGCAAUGGACUCUAUCAAAGACAUAAAAGAUGCUCAGUUAGCUGCAAAACGCGUGAUCGAGGAGGCAGUUUCUAGAAAAAGUAAGGAUGACAUUUCUUGCAUCGUUGUAAGAUUUCAAUGAUACUAUCUAUACUGCAGGUUGUUCCUUUAAAUAGUGGAAUAUCGCUAGCAAUAUGUCUGUAUACAAAAAUCUGUUUCCUUUUCUAGUUGUAACAGUCGCCAAAACUUUCCAUCUUAUGUUGCAUGUAUGAUAGAUCAAAUAAGAAAAGAAAAUUCAAAAUUUUCCUUAA